UAAAUCGCAAGCCCAUCACAGAAUUUAGGGUUUUUCUAGCUGUCUCCAUACGACUAGGGUUUUUAAGAGCUCUUCUCUACCUUUGGGACCCCUGCCGCCAUUUCGUCUUGCCCGAGCCGAGGGAGAGUAGAGCAGAAAAGAUCUCGAUCCGCUUCCAAUGGCGAGGAUUAAGGUCCACGAGCUACGGGGAAAGUCUAAAGCGGAUCUGUUGAACCAGCUGAAGGACCUCAAGGCGGAGCUCGCCCUCCUCCGCGUCGCCAAGGUCACCGGCGGCGCCCCCAACAAGCUAUCCAAGAUCAAGGUGGUGAGGCUCUCGAUCGCGCGGGUGCUGACUGUGAUCUCUCAGAAGCAGAAGGAGGUGCUGAGGGAGGCGUACAAGAAGAAGAAGUACCAGCCGCUCGAUCUCCGCCCCAAAAAGACUCGCGCCAUUCGCCGCCGACUCACCAAGCACCAGGCUUCAUUGAAGACCGAACGCCAGAAGAAAAAGGAGAUGUACUUCCCAAUGAGGAAGUAUGCAAUUAAGGCAUAGAUUAGGUUAUUCUGUUUAAGUGACUCUCUUUGGGAUCCAAUUUUGUCAUUUGAUUUUUGAAUUAGCAAUCCUAUUUAGUACUAUGCUUGGGUUUAUGGCAUACAAAAUACUAAUUGUUUGCUUUGGUAUUCGGUUAAGUUUGAUGUUUCAUUCUUGAUUCAUCUUCCAUUGCUGGCAUUAACUUUCUGGAUGGUCAUACUUUCAUCAAGCGUAUGAUGUAUUAUUCAUUGCAAUUUCUGCAUGAAGCAGUGUUGCUUCAUCUGUCUGUUUGAAUUAU